AGAGAGAGAGAGGGGGGAGCAAAGCGAGGAAGCGGAGGAGAGAGAAAGACGUGACGGCAGCGGGGAUGAGUGUACGGUGAUCGGUGCUGCGGGUACACACGGAGCCGCAUACUGGUUUUAAAGCCGCAGCCAGAGCCUCCUCUUCCGGACCUAACGAUUACGCUGCGAUGUCUGGCGGAGGAGACGUCCGCGUCCUCCGCCAAGAGCCCGGGCAGGAGAGCCCUAGGAUGCCGGCCUGGAAGCGAGAGAUACUGGAGAGGAGGAAGGCAAAGGGUGGCGGGUGUGGAGGAGCCGGUGCCUCCGCAGACACGAGUCCCGGAGGAGCGGGACCGCAGCGGGGGAACGGCGACACGAGUGGCAGUGUGAACGGUAGUAGCGGCGGCGGCGGUGGUGGUGGUGGACACGGCGGAGCGAGCAGCGGGUCCGGGCGGAAUUACACCAUCAGCGCAGGCAGCCAGCACUUCUCCCACAACAAAGAGACACGAGCGGCGACGACACCCAGGGAGGAGGAGGACAAACGGGAGAGCCUGGUGCUUCAGGAGAGCCUCGGCCCGCUGGAGGAGAACCCGUUUAUUAAACUGGAGAAGGAGCGGAGGAGGCGGCAGGACCGAGAGAGCACCACCCGUCCGGUGCAGCACAUCCUGGAACUGUACGGUAGCGUACCCGGUAUACGGACCAUCCGCGCCGAGAACAUUAUCAUAAUUGAAUCGGAUCCGGAUUAUUAUCCGGAAGACGGUGCGGCAAAUACCGGGACUAAGUGGCAAACAAACGGUGUGAGCAGUUACAGCUCCCUGAACGACCUCCUGGACCGGAGAGGGAGUGCUGUCACCGAGAUAAGAGCCAAGGAAGUGGUGAUUUAUGACACCACGUUAAGCAAGAGUGAGGAGAACCUGAGCACCCUGGGCCAUCAGGACCUCCCGUCAUCAUCAUCUUGUGAGGCAGGACAGGGUCAGGGCAGGGUCAGCCGGAUGCUGCAGAAGUUUGACAGCAACUAUGGGAAGCUACAGAAGAAGUCCCACAGCACAGAGAACCUGCUGGACCUGGACUGUAGUGCCAGCAGCAGACCAAGACUCUGGCGAAAGCCACAUCAGCCAGAUCUGGUGCCAAAGCCUGGACUGGGCCAGGCAGUCAGCAGCCAGCCAUCGUCGCCUGUCUUCCAGAGUUCCUGGUCUUCCAAAGCAAAGCCACAGCCCACUGUCUCUGAGCCAGGCAGCCCCCAGGGUGCCACCGGGCCACCACUGUCGGUACCUUCCACUCGUGGAAGAGAUGAGCCUGACUGGGGGCAAAGCAAGCCCACCAGAGAGCGGGACUGGGAGGCUGCUGAGGUGCAACCCAAACCCAAGGUGCCAUGUUCUCCAGAGACCCGCCGUGCCCGUGCCGAGUUGCCCACAAGCCCUGUCUCGUCCAAGGUUCCCCACAUCUCCCCUCACUUUGAGAUCCGUCCUGCUCCGAAGCCGGACCUCCAACAGAUUCCCGAUGGGGACACUCAGGCGCUGGCCCUAGCAAACCUGCGUCUGCAGUCCCGCAAUUCUUUCACAGUGAUCCCCAAGCGCCGCCUUGGAACAAGCGCCCCCACAUCAUCUGGACCCUUCAAGUCUUCCCCCUCCCAUAGGGGGGCAGAGGUGCCCACGCCAGGAGUGCCAACUUCACACACCCCAACACCCAACGUGACCCUCUCAAAGAGGAGGGAGGACGUAGAGAAGGAGACAGAGAGGGUGACGCCCAAGCUCGAACCAUCUCCUGCUGUUGCCACAAGUCCUUCACUGUCUCCAGUCUCAGAACCUUUGUCUCCACCUCCAGGUCUCACCCCACCUCCCUUUUCUCUCCCAGCCCUGUCCUCACUCCCAUCGUCUCCAGCUGUUCCUUCUUCACCCCUUCCCAACUCUCCAGACUCCCCCGUCCCUUCAACGCCGUCUCCAGAACAACGUCUGGUGGAACAUCUGCCGAUCACAAACAUAGACGACAUCGAGGUGGAGCCCCCGCAGCGUGUCCCUGUCCCUAGCCCCAUGGUGCAGAGGAGGAAGGGGAACACGUUCACUGUGGUGCCUAAACGCAGAGCCGACCCCGAGGCCCAGCCGAGCUCACCCGAGCCCCAGCCAGAAGCUGUGACCGAGGCCUCGCCAGGGUCCACGCCCCCACAGGCCCCGUAUUCUCAGCUGGGCUCGCUGCUGAAGAAACGCUACCCUGCUGUCGAGGAGAUCGAGGUUGUCGGUGGGUACCUGUCCCUUGCCAAGUCCUGCCUCUCCAAGACCGGCUCCACGGGCAAGAAGCUGCAAAUCUCCUUCAACGAGUCCAGUCUGCAGAGCACUUACGAGUAUCCGUCUGAGAGCAGCGCGUGGGACAGCGGGGACGAGGACGACGAGGACGGGAAGAUGUCGGACGAGCAGCCGAGCAUGGUGGGACGCAUCCACAUCCCUCGACCCAGUUUCACCACCUCACCCACGCACACGGGCAACAGCAACGAUCUGUCCAGCUACAUUCCCAAACACUCGGUGGACUUCAGCGCCUGGCAGGAGCACAAGCAUGAAACAGAGAGUGUUCUCCAGGAAGACGCGGCUUCCCAACACACACAGAUGACAGAGGAAGUUAUGCUCACACCGGCAGACAGUUCCUCGCUGUCCGACUACAGCAGUGAACCCGCCCUUUACUUCUGACCCGCCUCCACCUCCAUGCUCCGCCUCUAAGCACAGCCAUUUCCUGUUGGGAAAGGAAAAAUGUGGCUGGUGUUUGAUUUCCACCUUGUUUUUUUCCGUUGAUAGAAGAAGAAAUUGGGGGAAAACAGCAGCUGGUCUGUGUUUCCCGCUCUGAUCGUGGACAGUUGAUCUGUCCGCCUCCAUCUUCUUCUUCUUCUUCUUCUUCUUCUUUUACCAGAUAAAAAUGCGAUAAAAUUAUGGCAUUGCGUCGAUUGUAAAAAAUAACCCAGAGAGACGUCCCAUCCGUUUCCGCAAGAACAGGAAGACUCCAGUUGCUCACGUAUCGGUGCAUCGUCAUGGCGACGGUUAUUUCAGUGUUAGUACAAAGAUUUUCCGGGGGUUAGCGGCAAAAACGUUGUUUAAAGAACAAAACAAUACAAAAAGAAAGGGGUGAACGGUGCCACAAAUUUUUUGUAUCUGCAUGUUUUUUUGAUUUCAACAAACAUCUCAUUCUUCUACUGUAAAGCUUCGUUAUCGUUUGUUAAUCGUUCGUUAUUCUUCUUCCGGUGAACGCCGCCGCAAAGUGAAGCUGCUGGUACGAACGUUCGUUCAGGGGGAACGAGUUUUUAACUGCAAACGUUUUCUGUCGAACGGUAGCAAAAAAAAACAAAAAAGCUUGAAAAGUGACCUUGGCCAAUAACGUUCGUCUGUGUGUUCGUACGUUUGUUCGUACGUUUGUCCGUACGUUUGUUCGUACGUUCUCACAAAACAUCGUCCCGUAGAAUGUUUCCUGUAUUUUCCGUGCUUUCGUGUCUUUAUUCCCGCUUCGGUUUGAAGUUUGCAUGUCUGCGACAUCUUCACGUACGAAAAAACACAAAAAAACUAAACAACACAAAAACAUUUUCUUCUUCUUUGUUUUCUAGUUUUCAGUCGGACCUCACGUACUUUAACAUUCCACGAAGAAGAAGAAGCAGCGACGAUGAUUGCAAUCGUUCAUGGCGCGGCAUGUUUUUGCGACAGCGAAUGUAGAGAUUGUGAACUUUUCUUUUUUAUUAUUAUUAUUAUUAUUUUUAAUAUAUAUACAUACACACACAUAUAUAUAUAUUCAGUACAAGAAGUUUUCACGCCAACUGAUCCAAGUGUUGCUAUGACGGCGUCACUUUAUUUCCUCCCAGAAUCAAACCCACAGUCAGUAUUGUUGUUGUUGUUGUCGUUCAGUCUCAGUUUAUCAAGAUUUAGUUUUUAAAUCUUCCUGUUUUUUGUUUUCAAACCACAGACUGUCUAUGAAAAUCGCGAAAUCCAGAGUCGCCGGGCUCAUGUUGAACGACUGCCGCUGUCUUUAACUCUGUAGAGUCGCCCCCUACGUUUGUCUUUGUCUGUUCGGGUCUUUGAAUGUUUUUACGACUUUGGUAUUUUAACGUCUGUCCUGCAUAAUCGUGCUAAAGUCGGUAGCUCCGUACCUCUGGUUUUUUUGUGUCUAAAACCGAUUCCGAUAUCAGUCCGAUAAAGUUGUUUUUCCAUCGACUGAGCUGUAAGUGACACAUUUGUGCAUUUUACAACAUAGCCUUAACUCGCCGAUUUAGGAAUUAUUACGACCGUUAUCAGACCAAUACUAAUACGAAUUAUCGUAUCGGCUCGUCCCUAAAUGUUGGCGCGAACUGUGUUUACAGUAAACUGCACAUGUUUUUUUCGGUAAUUAAAUUUGGGGCGGUAACAACACAGUAUCUGUUUACCGGCUUUUUUGGUUACAAAUUAUGCGAUAACAUUUCUCCAGAGUUCGGGAAUAUUUUAACGAACGAAAUCAAAUUGAAGGAUGUGAAUUUCACAUGCGUGACUAUCUUAUUACGUGAAAAAUGUGUGAAUUAAUGCAGACCUUUUUUUGCCGAUUUAGGAAUUUUUAAGACCAUUAUCCGACCAAUAAUGGUCGAUACGAAGUAUCAUAUCGGCUCGUCCCUAAAUGUUAGUGCGAACUGUGUUUACAGUAAACUGUGAUGAACAGCCGAAAUCAAGUGACAUGCACGUGUUUUUUGGAACUUAGUCGGUAACAACACAGCAUUUGUUUACCAGCUUUUUUGGUUACAAUUUUUGCAAUAGUAUUUCCCCAGAGUUCAGGAACAUUUUAACGUACGAAAUCAAAUCGAAGGACGUGAAUUUCGCUUGCGUGACACUAUCUCAUUACGUGGAAAAAUUUGCAAUUUAACACAGGCUUUUAUUUUUUAGCUAAAGUUGUUUCACUUAACCAUGAUUUUACAGUAAACUGUGAUCAACAGAACUUACUCAGUAACAACACAGCGUCUGUUUACGGGCUUUCUUGCAUGACACAAAAUUUGCAGGUUACCUUUGACCUUAUAUCAUUAUGCGAAAAAUUCUUGAUUUAACAGUGAUAGUUUUUUGUCAUUCCGCGUAACAGCUGCUCGCAGACAUGUUUGUACAGUCAGACUUGUUAAAAACAUCGUUAAGUCUUAGCGAACAGAAACAGGUGUGUAUUUGUAAAAACAGUGAAAUCUCGCGUGGAUUGUGGACGCGGGGUUUGUGUAAAGUCGUACUUAUUAGCGUCGGGUCCAGGACGGAUGCUAACUCACACCAGUUCUAAAUGUCGCGUCUGUGUCUCUGUAGCUUCGACUUGGAAGGAUCGUGAACUUAAAGAACAAAAAAAUGGUUAAAAAACGUGUUUACGUCUGUUCACGAUCUCCGACUGUUUGUUUAUUUCUUAAAAAUCCGAUGAAUGAAUUGAUCAUUUCUUUGUAAUCUUCUCUUUGAUUGUUCGCGAUGAAUGCACUGCCGAUAAAUGCCAUGACCGUUUUUUAUUUUAAAUCUUAUUUUGACGUCAACGCCACAGCCUUGCAUCAAAACUUCUUACGAAUGUCGCGACGGCCUCGUCACUGUGAACGCCAACGUUCGUCGUCCAAGUUGUUGACGGAAAUAAAUGCAUGGAUGUUUUUUGUUUUUGUUGUUUUCUGCGAACUAUUUGUUAACGGUGCUGCUGUGUUUUAGAAGAUGAAUGAGUGAAUGAAUGAAUGUGUUUUUAACUCAACGUGAUUCAUUGUAGUUGGUGGUGGAAAAAAAACCAAAACCUCUUAAUAAACGGCUUCAAACUUCCCAGUGAACAUCGCAAUCCUUUCUAUAUCGUUACGAUUUUUUCAUCAGUCACUUUUUCCUUUUUUUUCGGAGUUAAAGCUGCAGUCACCAGGGUUUCUAGAAACAGUUGGCCGUGUCUGGUGAGACAUUUGUGUUUAAGAGUGGUUGAACAGGUGUACCUAAUAAAGUGGAUGGAAACUGCUUUUUCCAAUGAAAACAGCCCUUAACGUCGUUUUCUCUUUGAAUUGUGGGAAAAUUCACCAUCACCAUCACACACACACACACAGCAGUGUUAUCCAUCGUCAGUAGCAGGUCAUGUUGGUCUCACGUUUCAGUUUUUUUAAACGUCUGUAAAUGUUCUUCUUCUCCGCAGCAGCAGCAGCAGAUGUGUUUACUGUAAAGUUACUGUCGAUGAUUCAGAGAAAAUUAAAAAGACAAAAGUGAUGUCAUUUCUUGUACAAAUGAAAGCUCUCAAUAAAUAGAUGACUUGA